AUGAAAGAUAAUGAAUCCGUGAAAGAAUUUUCUGAUAGAGUUACCUCAAUUAUUAAUCAAAUUAGAAGCUAUGGGGAUAAAAUAGAGGAUAAGAAGAUAGUUGAGAAGAUACUAAGAAGUCUUUCCCCUACAUGGGAUCAUAUUGUUGCUGUCAUAAAAGAAUCUAAAGACUUAUCAAAAUUAAGUUUUUAUGAACUAAUGACUUCUUUGGAGUCACAUGAGCUUAGAAGAAGCAGAUUUUCAAGCCAAGAGGUGGAGCAAGCGUUUCAGUCAAAACUAAUAUUUUCAAGGAAAGGAGGAGAUGGAACUAAAGAAAAUAAAGAAAGAAUAUUUUCUCAGAAAGUACAAGAUGGAGGAGGCAACUACCAUGAAAGAAAGUUAGGGAGACAAAGAAAAAUUAAUGAGAGAGAUAAAGAUUUCUCAAAAGAAAUGUUAAUCACUCCCAAAAAAGAUUGCUGGUAUCAGAAAAAUAAUAAAGUCCACUAUACAGAAGUAGAAACCGAUCACCUACUUUAUUCAUGUUUUAAUGCACAACCAGAAGAAAAGGAUAUUUGGUAUUUGGAUAGUGGAUGCAGCAAUCAUAUGACAGGAAAUAAGAGCAUCUUCGUAGAGUUGAAGGAUGAAACAAGCUCUCAAAUAAAGCUUGGAGACAGAAAAUUACAAAACAUUGAAGGAAAGCGAGUGAUAGCAGUCCAGACAAAUGGAGGUAAGACGAAAGACAUCUCAGAUGUUCUUUAUGUUACGGGGCUAACUCAAAAUUUACUUAGUGUGGGACAAUUAAUCCAAAAAGGAUAUGCAAUCAAUUUCUUUAAGAAUGAAUGUGUGAUAAUAGAUGAUAAGAAUAAGCAGAUAGUGGCUAGAAUAAAAAUGGCUCCAACAAAGUUUUUCCCUUAA